AAACAGAAACCCCGUAGCACAGCAGCGCCAUUCAGAAACAGUAUCCAAAAUGGCAGGAGCUGAUGGAGACGACUCUCUCUACCCUAUCGCCGUUCUCAUUGAUGAACUGCGAAAUGAGGAUGUUCAGCUUCGUCUGAACAGCAUCAAGAAGCUGUCCACCAUUGCUCUGGCCCUUGGUGUCGAGAGGACUCGCACUGAACUCCUUCCUUUCCUCACAGACACCAUCUACGAUGAAGAUGAGGUGCUCUUGGCCUUGGCUGAGCAGCUUGGCAAUUUCACCAUGUUGGUGGGAGGGCCAGAGUAUGUCCACUGUCUCCUGCCUCCUCUGGAGAGCCUGGCUACAGUGGAGGAGACAGUAGUCAGAGACAAGGCUGUGGAGUCUCUGAGGAAGAUCUCUCAGGAGCACUCUCCAGUUGACCUGGAGGUCCACUUCGAGCCUUUGGUCAAGCGGCUGGCCAGUGGUGACUGGUUCACUUCUCGCACAUCUGCCUGCGGCCUCUUUAGCGUCUGUUAUCCCCGUGUCUCCAGCACCGUCAAAGCUGAGAUCCGCCAGCAUUUCCGCACCUUGUGCUCAGAUGACACUCCUAUGGUGCGUCGUGCUGCAGCAUCUAAACUGGGGGAGUUUGCCAAAGUCCUGGAGCUUGACUAUGUAAAAAGUGACAUCAUUUCCCUCUUCACUGCUCUGGCCUCUGAUGAGCAGGACUCUGUGCGGCUCCUCGCUGUGGAGGCUUGUGUCAGCAUUGCCACUCUGCUGCCUCAGGAGGACCUUGAGACCCUGGUGAUGCCAACCCUGCGCCAGGCUGCAGAAGACAAAUCCUGGAGGGUCCGCUACAUGGUUGCUGACAAGUUCUCUGAGCUCCAGAAAGCAGUGGGACCAGAGAUCACCAAGAACGAUCUGGUGCCAGCCUUCCAGAACCUUCUGAAGGAUUGUGAAGCUGAGGUCCGCGCUGCUGCAGCAAACAAAGUCAAAGAGUUCUGUGAGAACCUCCCAGAGGACAGCCGUGAGCAAAUCAUCAUGACUCACAUUCUGCCCUGUGUCAAGGAACUGGUCUCAGACACCAACCAGCAUGUGAAGUCGGCCCUGGCCUCCGUCAUCAUGGGCCUCUCCACCAUCCUGGGCAAGGACAACACAAUCGAGCAUUUACUACCUCUGUUCCUGGCUCAGCUCAAGGACGAGUGCCCCGAGGUGCGCCUCAACAUCAUCUCCAACCUGGACUGUGUGAACGAGGUGAUCGGCAUCCGUCAGCUCUCCCAGUCUCUGCUGCCGGCCAUCGUGGAGCUGGCAGAGGACGCCAAGUGGAGGGUCCGCCUCGCCAUCAUCGAGUACAUGCCCCUGUUGGCAGGACAGCUGGGAGUGGAGUUCUUUGAUGAGAAGCUCAACACCCUUUGUAUGGCCUGGCUGAUUGAUCACGUGUACGCCAUCCGGGAGGCAGCCACCUGUAACCUCAUGAAGCUGGUGGAGAAGUUUGGAGCCGAGUGGGCUCAGAACACCAUCGUGCCCAAAGUGCUGGGCAUGGCCAACGACCCCAACUACCUGCACAGGAUGACCACUCUGUUCUGCAUCAACGCUCUGUCAGAGGCAUGCGGUCAGGACAUCACCACGAAGCAGAUGCUGCCGGUGGUCCUGAAGAUGUCCACCGACCAGGUGGCCAACGUGCGCUUCAACGUGGCCAAAUCCCUCCAGAAGAUCGGCCCCGUCAUCGAUAGCAGUGCCCUUCAAACUGAAGUGAAGCCGGUGCUGGAGAAGCUGGCCACGGACACAGACAUGGAUGUCAAGUACUUUGCCCAGGAGGCCAUCAGCGUUCUGGUCCUAGCAUAACCACCCCACCAUGGCUAAACCAGACAAACUCCCAAGACAACAACGCAACAACACUUUUACGAUAUAUUUAUUGAUGUUCAGGAACAACUGGUAAAUGUAUAGAGAAAGCUGUUAACAAUUGUUUUUUUCUUUUUCUUUUGUUUACUGUCCAAUAGUAGACCAUGUCAACGCAUAGCACAGGCUUCUUUCUUAACCUUCCGCUUUGCUGUAGAUGGGUGCUUUAAGAAAGGCAAAGUGUCAAAUAAAUUGCAUUAAGUGGUGCAUGCUGACGAAUGCGCUACUGUACUAGCAAGUACCCCCCCUCACACAUUCCUCGCCCGCUGCUGUACCUCCACCACAGCUUACCAAGUGUCUGUUUUCGCUACCUAGCGCUAUGCUAGUUCUCUGUGCUGCUGUGCUUUUCUCACAUUGCUAGACACACACUUUGAGCAGCAGAUGGUGCAGCAAGCUGUUUAUUUUGCUACGCUUCCACCCAAUUCAGGCCUUUGAUAGCGCUCUCUCUUCCCUGAGACACUCCUGUGGCCCUCUGCAGAAGAAAUGUAAAAGUCUGUGCCGGUCUACUUGGCUCUCUUUUUUUCCCACCAGAACAAACCUGUGUCUCCUCAAUGCUUCACAGGAUUGUUCUGUAAUAAGCUCUGACAAAGUAUUAAUAGGGUGUCCAUUACUGCAGGAAAUCUGAUGAACUCUCAAUAAUAGCAUGUACUUCCAAUGUACGCCCCAGCCCCCAUCCCAUAAUAAAACAUUAUGCACCCUUACGUA